AUAUGCAGACGUUUCAUAAAUAUACGUCAUUUCCGGGAUGAUAGAGUGGCAAUGACAGCUUGAUCAACAACAAUACAUUUACACAGAACAGAUCAAUAAAGUGUCUACUCUCACGUGGUGCCUGCGUGUCCCUCCUGUUCACCUAGCAGCCCCUCACUGGAGAGAAGUCUGAAGGAGGAGGGCUCAGCCUCUCUUCCCCUGCCCAGCCAGCCACUAUGGAACCUUCUCUGCAGAAACCCACAAUGAGCUGUGAUAGUGGACUGGUGGAGAGGAACAUUGCUGGAGCCGACCCAGAGGGGAUGUGGGACAGCGGGGCCGUGGAUCCACCCGAGGAGGAGGGCCGCACCUUCAUGCAGGUUCUCAGCGAGAAGUACAGCCCGGAGAACUUCCCGUACCGCCGAUGGCCCGGCAUGGGCGUGGUGGUAGUGCCAACUCUCCCACAGGGCUCGCCCAUGAAAGAUCGUUUGAACCUUCCCAGUGUGCUCGUCCUGGCUGGCUGUGGAAUCAGCCAUGCGGGAGAGCAGAGAGAGAUCGCAGCCUUCUGUGCCCACGUGAUGGAGCUCGACCUGUCCCAGAACAAGCUCCAGGACUGGCAUGAGAUCAGUAAGAUUGUGUCAAACAUCCCCAACCUGGACUUCCUCAACCUGAGCUCCAACCCGCUAAGUGAGGUUGUCUUGGAGCCUAGCGGUGCUAAGGCCUUUGCCCGAGUCCGACGCCUGGUCCUCAACAACACUCAAGUGUCCUGGAACACGGUGCUCGUACUAACACGGGAGAUGCCUGAGCUGGAAGAGCUGUUCCUGUGCCUUAAUGAGUACACCACCGUGUCAGCCUCUACUGUGCCCUGCCCCACACUGCGCCUGCUGCACAUCACUGACAACAACCUGCAGGACUGGGCCGAGGUGCGCAAGAUUGGGCCCAUGUUCCCCGGCCUGGAAACUCUGGUCAUGUCCAACUGUAACCUGAGCUCCAUUCAGGACUCCGAAGACAUGCUGCGGCGCCUCUUCCCCAACCUACGCAGCAUCAAUCUGCACAACUCAGGUCUUAACCGAUGGGAGGACAUAGAGAAGCUGAACCAGUUUCCUAAACUGGAAGAUGUGAGGCUGCAGGGGAUUCCCUUACUGCAGACCUAUACCAACACAGAGCGUCGGAGCCUCAUGGUAUCACACCUGCCCUCUGUAUCAUCGCUCAAUGGCAGUGUGGUGACGGACGGGGAGAGAGAGGACUCGGAGAGGUUCUUCAUUCGUUACCAUGUCGACUACCCAGAGGAGGAGCUACCUUACAGGUAUCACUGCCUGGUGACCAAAUACGGGAAGCUGGAACCCUUGGCUGAGAUCGACCUUCGACCCCGCUGCCACGCCAAGGUGGAGGUGCACUGCGAGGACAAAGUGGAGGAGGUGAGUAUCCGCCUGGACCAGACUGUGGCCGAGCUGAAGAAACAGCUGAGGACAGUGGUGCAGCUGUCGGCCAAUCAGAUGCGUCUUUACUACAUCGACAAGGAGUGUGUCUUUGGGCCGGAGGAGAUGAAGUACCACACCAGAGCCCUCCACUCCUACAGUAUCCAGGACGGGGACGAACUCCUGGUGGUGCCUAAGGCUGGCCGGGGGACUACCACCGCUGCCAAACCACUAUCAAACCUUAACUCCAAAACCUUAACUCCCCCGCCAUAGAAGUAGAAUAACUAGAACGGUUCACCUAUCAUGGCACAUUGACUUGAAUGGGUAAUGCAGUUCUAGUAAUUAUAUUUCUAUGCUCAUACCCUUCCCCAUCCUAAUCUUGUCUGAAGAACUCCCUGCACCCCUCCUUACGCCCAUCCUAUGUUUUACAUUCAGUGUGGGACACACUAUCAGGAAUAACAGCGACUCUGACUCUGAUUCUGACUGGCUUGCGUUUCACCUCACAGCACCACACAUGCACACACACACCAAUUAAUCCGAAAAAAUGUGUCUUGUAUGCUGCCCUCGAAAGGUGUGUGUAUUAUGUGUGACUGAGUCCCCUCUUUGUCUUGGUGUAACGCCUCUGCCCUUGACUCCUAAAAAGGCUAUCUUUUGGGGAAGGAGCACAGGAGAUAUUGCAGAGUACAACCACAGUAUCUUUUAUCUUUAAGACAAUCUCCCAUUUGCAUACCCUGUGGUGUGCAGAGGAUGUUGAUGAAAGGAUAUGGUAUACUGCUGUGCCACAGACUCUGUUUUGAGUGUACUAGGUUGAUUGUACUGUAGCUAACGGAAGUAUUCAUCGCGUCGUGUCAUUCCACUUCCUCACAAGACCGAGCCAUAGUUUUUGAUGGGUUAUUCUAAGUUAGGUUUAGUUCUCCUACGUUGAAUUCAGUAAGAUUAGUAUUUUUGGAGGAUACUUGAUAUUCAAACUCAAAUCGUGUUGAGCUUUUAAAUGGUCUUUCCUUUGGCCAGUUGUAUCGUAGUGUUUAUAGGAUAUUGAUGCCUCUGACUGAAAUCAUUGAUGUACCAUAGAGUGCUGCAUGAGACUGUUCUUUCCUAAGUGUGUUUUUAUGUAGUUUGUGUGGAUCCUUCCACUGUCUGGGACCGUCCGUACAUGUUAAGCCUAAAUUACGUUUGAACACCUAUUGACACAUUUGCUUCUGUGCCAGAGCCAAAGUAUCUCAGGUCUAUUGCAGACAGAGGCUUUGUGUGUUCACCAAAGAUUUGUAUGAACUCUGUGUACUGUUCAUUGCAUUGUUGAUGCAUUUUCCUUGUGUGUGAAGAGGCUCAUGCUUGGUGUUAUUUUCUGUCAUUGUGAGGGCAAAGGUCACUAUGUCAGUAGCGGUUGUCUGGGACAGUAGAACUAAGGCAUUGCUUGGUACUUCACAGCUAAGGGACACCGCCACUUUAAAUCCCAAUUUACAGGCUGUUUGUUUCCCUGUUGGAUCUUAAUUGACAUCAUUUGUUGUAUUAUGUCAUUGUCUGAUUUGGAAGACAGUAAAGUAUUGGAAGAUGCGCUUAGUAGAGCUAGAUCUCUCUAAAGAUUGGAAACUAGACAAUAGCAGCAUAUUUCAUACCGCUUGUUGUAUUUAUUUAGUCAUUAAAACAUUGUAAUAAGCAGUAAGGGUCCGUUAUUUUUGGUAGGCAUAAUAUUUCUAUGUCGCUUAGAUGGCUACCUGGUUUACUCUAGACAGCUUCUCUUGGUUAGUGAACCCAUGUUUUAAUGUAGUCAGUAUGCACUGGCAAUCAAUCAAUCAAAUGUAUUUAUAAAGCCCUUUUUACAUCAGCCGAUGUCACUAAGUGCUAUACAGAAACCCAGCCUAAGACCCCAAACAGCAGGCAAUGCAGAUGUAGAAGCACGGUGGCUAGGAGACAGCAAGGGGUCUUCAGGCCAGGUAGUCCUGAGGCAUGGUCUUAGGGCUCAGGUCCUCCGAGAGAGAAAAAGAGAGAGAGAAUUAGAGAGAGCAGACUUCAAUUAACACAGGACACCAGAUAAGACAGGAGAAAUACUCCAGAUAUAACAGACUGACCCUAGCCCCCAGACACAUAAACUAUUGCAGCAUAAUUACUGGAGGCCGAGACAUGAGGGGUCGGGAGACACUGUGGCCCUGUCCGACUAUACCCCCGGACAGAGCCAACCAGGCAGGAUAUAACCCCACCCACUGGCAGGCACACUAAUGCAUUAAUGUGAAUAUUGAGAGUUGCACUGUCUAAAGGGAUAAAGAUUUAAUCAAAUAUAAAGGAAUAAAACAUUUAUCUGAUUCUGGAGCCAUGGCUCAAUGUACUUUUAGAUAAUGUCAUAUGCCUAGAUGUAAUGGCUUCCCGUGAUUUCUGAAAUAAUGUUUUAGUGUAGGCAGUGGACACUACUACUAACAAUGUGUGACAGAAUUGAGAGUGGCACAGUACAGUAAUUAAAGGAAAAUUGAAUCCGCUAUAGGCUAAUGGUAUGCGACAGUCAUCUGAGCCCGUUCAUUCAGUUCAUACUGCAGUGAUGCCUUUUAUUUCCGUUUCAUCAUCAUCAACAUAGCACAUUUCAGGAUUCUGAAUCAAGUUAUCAACUUACAUCUGCUAGAGUUUGACAUGUUUGAAAUGCAGAAAUGUGUCAUUUUAAUUACAUUUUAAUGUAUAAUAUUGAUUUAUUUAUUUGUGUGUGAUGCUUUCCCUAGUAGUGUCAGCACACACUGAAUUGAUGCACUAGUUAUUUUCAUGAUCAGUAUGUUUUCGGGUAAAGGAUUUGUUUAGCAUCUAUUCCAGGUCACCACCUUACUUUAGUCUGGGUUUAAUAGCCAAUGCUUUAUACUUCAUUUAUGUGUUAUUUGUUCCGGAGUAGUACAAAUAUUUAUCGCUGUUGUGGGUUAGUGCCUAUCCUGAACCGCAAAUUAUUUAUAAAGCCAUUAUGCAGCUCCACAAUAUUCAGGUACAGUACAUAUAUCUCCUGCUGUUCUAUUGUAGGUAUGAAUCCUUCUGCUUAUUCAACCUAACCUUGUGUAUUCUCAUCACUGUGUAAAAUGUGGGAAGAAGAAAGGGAUAGUAAAGUAAUGUACCACUUACUGUUGUAUUGAAGGGAAUGGUUUAAAUGUGGCAAAAGAAUCUGAGAAUUUCAGCCACAUUACAGGCUAGGUAAACCGGGCAGCUAGCUACAUCGAAAUUAGCAUGAUUCUAAACACCUGAUAUAUGUGUGUUCCAUGAGUUCAACCAGUAUAGAGACUCUUUUCUGAUUGUCUGCCUCCUGGAUGUAACAAUGCUGUCCAAAUGUGUUUACUACAGUACAUGCAAAUGUUUAGAAAAGGUAUAUAUGUGUGGCAUAAAUAUAAGUAUGGAACAUGUAUCAUUCAAUGAUGGCUGUAUGAGUUUGUAUGAUUGAAUGCAAUUUAAAUGGCAGAUGAGCAGAUUGAUGUAAUUCCUCUGAACUCCAUAUUAGUCACCUGUGUAGAGUAAGAUGCAUACAAGAAUAAACAGCGGUGUUCUUUCUA